AUGAGUCUAUCAUGUGGUAUCAGAGCCACUUCGUGUAAAGGCUGUGUUGCUCUUUGUUUAAAACUUCGUAUUCAUCAUUUCUGGUUUUUAUCGUACGAUGUUGAGUUCCGAGGAAGGAACUCCAAUUCAAAGGUGAACAAGAAGAUGUUGGAAUCCAUCGAAGCCGUUAUCAAAAGGAUGAUUGAUGAGAAACUUGGUGUAUUACAAUUGAAUCGGGUUGCUACGAAACCGGUUUCACGUCAACCAAUAGAACAAGUCAUUAUCGCGAAAAGCUACAAAAUAAUGAAAUCGUUAACAGUAGCACCACAACAAAAGAGCAUACUGAGAAGGAAUUGCUGGAGCUUUUAA